AUGAUCAGUUUCACAGACCUCUACCACGUUCUCACAGCUGUUGUGCCACUCUAUGUGGCCAUGAUCUUAGCCUACGGCUCAGUGAAAUGGUGGAAGAUCUUCAGCCCUGAUCAGUGUUCGGGCAUAAACCGCUUUGUGGCUCUGUUUGCAGUUCCUCUGCUCUCUUUCCACUUCAUCUCCACCAACAAUCCCUAUGCCAUGAACUACAGGUUCAUAGCAGCUGACACUCUUCAGAAAGUCAUAGUCUUGGUGGCCCUAGCAGUAUGGUCAAGAACCAGCUCAAGAGGCUCUCUAGAAUGGUCCAUAACUCUCUUUUCUCUCUCCACUCUCCCCAACACUCUGGUCAUGGGCAUACCCUUGUUAAAGGGCAUGUAUGGAGAUGCCUCAGGCAGCUUGAUGGUCCAAAUUGUGGUCCUCCAAUGUAUCAUUUGGUACACGCUGAUGCUCUUCUUGUUUGAGUACAGAGGAGCUAGGCUCUUGAUUGGGGAACAGUUCCCAGACACUGCUGGCUCCAUCAUUUCCUUCAGGGUUGAUUCUGAUAUCAUUUCCUUAGAUGGAAAAGAGCCGUUGCAAACUGAAGCUGAGGUUGGUGAAGAUGGCAAGCUCCAUGUCACUGUCAGAAAAUCUACAAGCUCUCGCUCUGAAAUCUACUCCAGAAGAUCCCACGGACCCAACUCUGGCGUUUCCUUAACUCCAAGGCCUUCUAAUCUAACAAAUGCUGAGAUUUACAGCCUUCAGUCUUCAAGAAACCCAACUCCCAGAGGUUCAAGCUUUAACCACACUGAUUUCUACUCCAUGGUGAACGGCAAGAACAUGAGCAAUGCGAGUCCAAGGCAGUCAAAUUAUGGAAAUGUUGGGUUUGAUGAAGAGGCAGGAGGAGUUGGGAUGAGAGGAGCAAAUGGGGUUUAUCCGCCGGGGAAUUCAGGGUAUCCCGCACCUCCUACAGCCGGAAUUUUCUCUCCGGUGACAGGGCCCAAUGCGAAGAAGAAACCCAAUGGGGCUGAUGGCGGUAAAGACCUCCACAUGUUUGUUUGGAGCUCAAGCGCCUCACCUGUGUCUGAAGGAGGCAUUCAUGUUUUCAGAGGUGGAGAGUAUGGCAACGACAUUGGUGGGGUUGCUCACCAAAAGGAUUAUGAUGAGUUUGGCCGAGAUGAGUUCAGCUUUGACAACAGACCAAAUUCAAAUGGGGUUGACCGGGAAGGUCCUGUGCUUUCCAAGUUGGGUUCAAGCUCCACCACUGAACUCCAUCCCAAGACAGCUCAUGGUGAACCAAAGGCCACAGCCAUGCCUCCUGCUAGUGUUAUGACCAGACUGAUUCUUAUCAUGGUUUGGCGAAAACUCAUUCGGAACCCAAACACUUACUCCAGCCUUAUUGGCCUCACCUGGUCUUUAGUCUCAUAUAAGUGGCACGUUGUUAUGCCCGCAAUCGUGGCCCGUUCAAUCGCCAUUCUGUCAGAUGCAGGUCUUGGAAUGGCCAUGUUUAGUCUUGGCUUGUUCAUGGCAUUACAACCAAAGAUGAUUGCCUGUGGAAAUUCAGUUGCAUCCUUUGCCAUGGCAGUUCGAUUCCUCUCUGGUCCGGCUGUCAUGGCGGCAGCCUCAAUUGCUGUAGGACUGCGAGGUGUUCUGUUGCACAUUGCCAUUGUACAGGCAGCUCUUCCACAAGGGAUUGUUCCCUUUGUCUUUGCCAAGGAAUACAAUGUUCAUCCUGACAUACUAAGCACCGGGGUAAUUUUUGGAAUGCUAAUUGCUCUGCCUAUCACAUUGGUUUACUACAUCCUGCUUGGACUGUGA